ACAAUAAUGAAUGAAUGUAUGUGUGUAUUCGGCGCAAAGACUCGAAACCUAAAAAGAUUCUGCUCAGUUAGUAGGACUUGUUCGUCCACCAUGUGAUAGUUAGCUAAAUGCUAGCGAUAUGAUGAGCAAACCCUUGAGCUUAUUAGCUAGCUAGCUGCUAACCAUAUAACUUCUCUUUCUAGCUGUAUUCGCUGUAAUUAUGGCUUUCCCCCUGCUUUCAAAAUCUCUAACUGGGCUCCUUGUAGAGUCAUCGUCUAUAAUUCAUCAGAGGACCUUUAGUGUAUCUGCUGUUGCAGCCGCCAUUCAAAAGAUGACAAGAGUGCGUGUAGUGGACAACAGCUCUCUUGGAAAUACACCAUAUCACCGACCCCCAAGAGUGAUCCAUGUCUACACCAAGAAUGGUGUAGGAAAAGUUGGUGACAAAGUGUUGCUUGCCAUUAAAGGACAGAAGAAGAAAGCGCUCAUCGUUGGACACAAGAUGCCUGGAGAACGCAUGAGUCCGCGCUUUGAUUCGAACAAUGUUGUUCUGAUUGAGGACAAUGGAAACCCUACAGGAACAAGGAUUAAGGUCCCUAUACCCACACAUCUACGUAAAGUAGAUGGAGAUUACGCCAAAGUCCUAGCAAUUGCUAGUUCAUUUGUUUAAUAACAUUCUGUACUGUGAUUUUUGAGAUAUACUGUAUAUUUUACAUCUGCUUGACUUGGGGCAUGUCAACAUUUUAUGCUUGUAUGUUCUUGUCUUCAGUAAACUUUAAAAAGGAACAUAUACCCUGUCACAAUUGUCUCUAUACAGAAUCCUGUUUAAUGUAUGUAAUAGACUCAAACCUUUGUCAACAUGUUUGGCAUUUUACAGAGGCCUCUCUGUGCUUACAAUAAAUAUAACUUUUAGCUUUAAGGCAUAGCAUAGGAGCUUCUUGGAAAGAUUGAGCAGGCAAAUGUGGGUCAAACUCAUGUUAUUAUGAACACAAUAAACAAAGCA